AUGCGUCCCGCCUCGGGCCUCGUCCAGCUGGCCGUCUGCGUCUCAUCUCUCGCUCCCCUGACUGCAGCAUGGCCUGACUGGUUCCUCCAAUCCGACUCGAUCGUCGUUGCUAGAGAUGUGGUUCGGCAAGAGCUGCCACAGGAGACCGGCUUCCUCGAGCCUCGUGCGGACGAAGAGUCCACAACCCAGGAAGAGGCCACCAAGACUGGCAAGGAGGUCAAGACGACAAACCUCAACACCGCCAAGGUCGAAACGGGAACAGAUGACUCGGAAUCCGACAAGACCAACACCGACGAGGAAACUUCGGCAACUGGAAAAGAGACCGGCAAGAAGGGAGAGACGGGAAAGACCAACACCAAGGAUGCUAAGCCCACCCGAACCAGCUUCUCCUUUGAUGUUGCCGCUGGCGGUGUGAACAUGCAAACUCCUGAGACCUUGUACCAGCCCACGCCUCUGUACAAGAUUGGUGACUAUGCCACCUUUGGCUGGAACUAUACCUCGCUCAAGGGCACUCCCACUGCCAUCGACGUGCUCGUCAGUUGCUCUGCCAAUGCUGAGACAUAUACUCUCGCUGCCAACACGACCUUUGAGAAGAACCCUUCUUACACCUGGGACACGGGCAAGCAAGCCAACGAUGUCAACGCUCCCCUUGUUGUUGGCCUGUACACUCUCAUCAUCAAGGACUCUGAUAUGGGUAUCAGCGAUGUCCCCGACCCAGGCUAUCUCUCGGUUGCCAGGACCUUCCAGUUCGGCAUGUACACCCCCCGGGACUAUGUUCCAUACAGCGAGUGGACUUGCGAUGUUUGCAACAGCGCACCUGGUCUCACCCAUGGCGGCAUUGCUGUGGUUUUGUCCAUGACUCUGGUCACGAUUGCCUCAUUCACCUGGUUCGUCACCGGCCUCGGUCUGCAAUAA